UAAAAGUUUAAUUUUACCAAUACUGAAAGAUGCCAAAUGAUGAAGGCACAGUGUGCCCAUUGACUCCAACCAAAGGACAUAUUACAGUUGACUACCUUAAAUCACAUGCCACCGUUACUGCGCUAUCUAACGCACUAGCAGGUGCUAUGUGUACGCUGAUUACACAACCAAUAGCUUCCCUAAGAACAAGACUACAGUCACUCAAUAUAUAUUGCCAUGGCGUACCAAAGGACGCUAGGAGUAAACUAAAGGCGCUCUACAAGGUUAGCAUGAGAGAUGGCUUCUUUAGUUUAUAUAGAGGAGGAGGAUGUUCCAUGGUAAUAUCAGCAGCAGGAUGGUUCAUAUUCCGAUUUACAUACGAUGAGCUAACCCAAAGGAAGGUUGUCGAAUUUGACAGUAAAAUGGGAAAUAAACUGAUCCUAGGAUCACUUAGCAGCCUUGUUACUACUGUAAUUUUGCACCCUGCAUGGAAUGCUAAAUUAAACAUCGAACUGCAAACAAGUAAAACUAAAUUAGAUGGAUGGCCUCAGUACCGAGGCACAAUGCAUUAUCUAUUCGUAACUACCCGAGAUCAGGGCAUAAAAGGGCUCUAUAAAGGUUGGGAAGUGAAUGGAAUAGGUGUUAUUUAUUACGGAAUGGUGAUAUGCCUAUACGAAACAUUAUCGGAAUCGGAUUGGGAGCAAUAUCCCAUACUGCAUAAAUUCAAAAGCAUCAAACCAAUGAUGAAUGGUAUGCUAUCAAAAAUAAUACCCACUACGCUCUGCUACCCUUUCUAUGUUAGCAGAACCAUGCAAAUAUGCUUCGCAACGGAACUCACACAUCGCAAAUUGCAUGAAAUAUUCUUCUGGACCCUAAAACACAAACGACUAAGCGGCUUAUACGCCGGGUUCCAGAUGCAACUUAUAAAGUCAUUAGUUAGCGGAGGCAUUACAUUUGGAAUAUAUGAAGCUAUACUCAUUGCAAUAGCAAAAAUAUACAACUUGGCAGCAGUCUGAUCCACAGCAUUAAAAGAUGCUGGAAUCGCAUUGAUUAACACGCUAAAUAAAUA